CGACUGUCGAUAUUCACCGACGUAAAAGGUAAGACGCAUCCUUAUUAUAUGCUCAAUUAAUUAUCAACGUAGGAUAAUAUUGAAAGCGUUUAGAAGCCUACAAUACAGUGGCUAUAAGAAGACACAUUUGCAUAAUUAAAUAGUAUUUUAAACUUAGAAUUAUAAAUAACUACGAAGAAAAAUGAUUGGUGUUUAUCUCAACUAUGCCACGUAGCAAAUCUCGCAUUUGGCUAAUACACAGACUAGUGUCGUUUCAAUUACGUAUAAUUUAAAUGACAUAAAGUUACUUUGUUUUAAAUAAUUUUACUUUUUAGCCCCCCCCCCUUUCCUCCCGCUUGCAGAUUUAAAAUUAGAAUUAAAAAUAACUACGAAAAAAAAUGAUUGGUGUUUAUCUCAACUAAGCCACGUAGCAAAUCUCGCAUUUUGCUAAUACACAGACUAGUGUCGUUUCAAUUACGUAUAAUUUAAAUGACAUAAAGUUACUUUGUUUUAAAUAAUUUUACUUUUUAGCCCCCCCCCCCCUUUCCUCCCGCUUGCAGGUUACUUUGCAAAACAUUUCAAAGGGAUUUCGUCAAGUCCAGCAAUGCACAAACAAAAUACCUUGUGGCGGUGGCUGCAAAACAUUUGUCUCAAACCCCGGCAGUUAACGGCGUCUGCUGUUUUAAGUACUUCCGAGAAUGCGGCGAGAGUCAACGAGAAGGACCUCCCCUUGGGGACAUCAAAUAAAACCCUGCCCAUGUCGCAGAUGCCCGGUCCCAAAGGUUUGCGGAAAUUACCGUAUCUAGGCACCGUCUUGAUGUUCAAACCAUUUAGCGAAUACUCACCGGAAACGUUCGGCAAGCUGGUGAGUUCAAUGCACGACAAGUACGGACACAUUUUCAAAUCGAGGCUGGGCAAAGACUACAGCGUGCAUACCGACAGCGUGCGGGAUGUUGAAACUAUUUUUAGAACAGAAGGCGCGUAUCCGCAACGUCGGUUGAUGCUGCUGAGCAAGAUCUACAGAGAGAGGAACGGCCUCCCCCCGGCGCUGGGCACCGUGUCCGGUCCUGCUUGGCAAGAGUUGAGAAGUGCCCUGAAUCCGCUCCUGAACAAGCCCCAGGUUUGUUUGCACUAUCUCCCAGCUCAAAAUAUGGUCGCGGACGAUUUUGUCAGCCGACUGGAUUCGUCGGCCUUGACCCCGGAAGGUCAGUCGGAUAUGUUCUUCAAGUUCGCAGCGGAGAGCAUCGGGGUCGUCUGUUUCAACCAAAGGUUAGGACUGCUGGAUCCGGACGCGGACAAUGCCCAAGAGAUGAUUGAGCUGUUGGAGGCCUUCAAAACCACGCUGCAUUGUACGUUCGUGGCUAUGAUCGGGCUUGAGCGGAGAUAUCUGAGGACAGACAAUGAUCCUUUUUAUCGCAAGUACGAGAGUGCCAUGAAGCUAAUCAGAAAACGUUCAAUGCAUUAUGUAGAGAAAGUUAUGGUCGAGCUUCAAAGACAGUCUCACCAAGGUGAGGAGAGUUCGGGGAGCUCGACACAUCGUCUCAGCCCAGACAGAGAAUCGAAUCUUCUGGCAUCCAUGAUAACCAAGAGUAAUUUAGAAAUCGAAAAAAUAUUGGCCAUAAUCGAUUCAAUGCUCAUUGCUGGCACCGAUUCAACGGCCAGAAAUCUGGCCAUCUUGUUUUACAACCUGGCCAUCAACCCAGAACAUCAGCAGAGAGCUGCAGAUGAAGUCCUUGACCUUCUGGGUCCCGAUAAGCCUGUCACUCCCGAAGCCUUAGCAAAGAUGAAUUUUCUCAAAUCUUGCGUCAAAGAGUCGAUGCGUCUCAACUUCCCACUGUCGAAUGGAACAGAGCGGAUUCUGAACAAGGACACCAUUCUUAGUGGAUACCUUGUCCCCAAGGGAAACAGCGUCAUCAUGUCCAGCAGCAGAAGCUCCCUUGACUCGUCCAACUACGACAACCCAUGUCAAUUCCAACCUGACCGCUGGUUGAGAGAGUCCAGUGACGAAGUGUCCACUAAGCGACUAGACCGGUUUGCCACUCUGCCAUUUGGACAUGGCGCCCGUGGGUGUAUCGGCAGAAGGUUUGCAGAAAUGGAAAUUUACGUGGGGACUGCCAAAAUUUUACAGAAACUCCACAUAAGUGUUGAUCCUUCCUACCCUGGCCUUGACCCCAUCUAUACACCAUUCAUCACGCCCAGGCUGAUGAUUCAUUUCAUAUUUACCAAACGACAUCCACCAGUUGGCGUGUCAAUGUCACGUGGGACGAACACUUAAGUUAAAAAAAAUAUUAAAACUGGAAGUUUCGAAUUAAUUCUUCGUACAAUAAUACAACAUAAAAAAAGUAUAGCUAUAC